AUGAAUAUCUGGAUUUUUUGGGCAUGCGUAUCAGCUGUCUCUGUAUCCUGCACAAAACUAGACAUAUCAAAGCGGAUAAUCCCCUCGUUGGCAUCAAAAGUAGACUAUGAUAAGGAUGAUCUCCAAUACACUGUAUAUAUCGCGUACUUUAAUGCUGUAAUAGACAAACUUUCUGAUGGACCACUGGUAUUGUGGAGGGCAAAUAAGGGUGAAAAGCUCUUGCAAUUUACGAUAUAUAGGCUUCAUGGAGAGAGAAUAGUUGCUUAUAUCCACGUAUCCGGACGAUUAGAGAAUAAGUUUCUAUACUUCAAGUAUAGGGAUAGCCGGUGGGUGGAAAUUCCCAAGGAUGAGUACUGCAUUCUGCUGAGUGACGUUUUGUCCUCACGCCAAUUUAUCAUAAAUAGAGAUGUGGAGGAUGAUAUUGUCCAUGUCUACGAACAUGACCUGUUUGGGAUUCCUGCGCGUAUCUUCAUUUCAGACGACCGUUACAACAUCACAAGUGUCGUCGAAAUUAAAAGUUUAAAGGCAAAUGAACCUACAGAUGACGAACAACUUAUACAAAAGUACGAGUCAAGUCUAUCGCUAAACGAAAUAGGUAAAUCUAUGGAGAUAUCAAGUAUACUCUGGAGAGCCAAACGAGGGGAAAGAUGUACAUUUAUAGUCGUGCAUGGAGACCCUUCAGAUCAAAAAUUGGUACAUAUAUUCAUCCAGCUUGUGGAUAACCACAAGGUUCUCUAUUUCGAUAAACAGGGAGACAACUGGGUUGAGGUGAGAAAGGACCAGUUUUUCGAAAAGCUACAAGAGUUAGACGAGCAGUUUGAGCAGAGUAUAAAGGACAAUUGUAACUAUAAAGCAAGAGAUUGUUGUUAA